AUGACCCCGAUUUCUCAGGCAGAGAAUGAAGAAAUCAUCGCAACCAUCAGAUCGCACCGCGCAAACGGACGAUUCUCUGAGGCGGAGCAUCUCAUCAAGAGUCUUCCUAAUGACAAAAGGGUUUUAGCUAGCAUCGCAAUUGAGAUUAUUCUGCUCUUCCUCGUCCAGGGUUGUACUACCUCGGCUGCCCAGAUCUUUGAUGAGGCUUUCCCACAUUCGCCACUCCAAACUGAAUGCGCAGAGACAGUACCAACUAUCGACAGCGAAGAGACCGCCUUAGUUGAAAUUCUCCGUGAUUAUGUUGGGAUAUUGAGAUAUUCGAAGCUCCAGACGGCAUUGAAAACCGCUCAACGUCUAGGGAGCACUUGGAAACUUGCUGACGGUGAGAAGAGGGACAAUAUCCUUACCGAGUAUAAUAUAGUGGCUGCCGAGCAAGGCCUUCUCGACGAGAAAGCCACUAAAGCUACUGCUACAUUGCAAGUUUCAGCCCUCAGACGAACCCUCCAAUCAGCAGGACGCAUCCGUGAAGCUAGGUUUCUGCUUUACUUCGAGGUGAACUUGAUUGCCGAUCCAAACAGGGCAUUGAAUGAGCUCGAAGACUUCCUCUUGCUUCUAAGCGAACCUGGUUGGGAAACGGAGAAGGCAAUGACCCUAGCAGACAUCGCUCAACUUCAGCUCAAGUCCACAGAAGAAGGCUUGUUAGCAAAGGCUAAUCAAUCUCUUGAUGAGGCACAACAACUGUUUACCAAACUAGAUCACAGAUUUGGUGUCAUCGACCUCGACCUAAUUCGAGUGUCUGCUGACAGCAGCACCUCUGGAGGCGAGAAAUUUGUUCUCAAAUCAGAUAUUGCCAAUCGCUACUUCCAAGUCGGCCACCACCAGAAUGGUAUACGUUGUCUGGUGACCGCUAUUUCUCCAGAAAUGGUCCUCGAUCGUUACUCCGAACAUGUCGUACGCGCGCUUGAGCUUCUACAGCGCAAGAUCAAUGAAACAGGCAGCGAGUUUCUAAAACAAAUUGCAUUGGUCCAAGCGAUCUCACAGGCAGCGCUGAGGGCACCGGAGUACGGCUUUGCCCUGCAGAGCUUGGAGUCCUAUUACGCCAAUGUGCCGAACGAGAUCGGUCCCACGAUCCACAGCAGCAUGGCGUUGAUGCUCAGCACCAUAUAUUCCAGCUUCGACAGACACGAGGAGGCGCUUCAAGCCGCCGAAGAAAGCCUAACUAUCGCCAUGACCGGCAUGGAUUACGAGGUCCAGUCCAAUGCAGCGUUCCUGGUAGGCAUUCGGAAAUUCGACAUGUCGAGGCUCUACACACAGGAUCCGACCAAGUCCGAAGAGUAUCUCAACUCGGCUAAAGAUAUUUUGGCAAAAUGGGCCGAUAAGGACGCCGAGAAUGGUUAUGUCUUUGGGGAAGUCCAAAAAUGUCUUCAGAUCGGCAACUGGGAUUUCUUUAACGCGUUCCAGCAUCCCGAAACGGUCGGGGCAUCCCACGGGCAGCUAUUAAUCGAGCGCGUCAGAAAGCACAUACCUGAAUCUGCAGACGCGUUGAAGCGAAGUCAGCUCGUGGACUUGGAAAUCAAGACACUAAUGCUUCUUGAAGACUAUCCAUCAGCCCUAAAGAUGUCCCAGCACUACCUGGAGGAUGUGAAGAAAAUCACCUCUGCCAGUCCCAUGGCCAAGGCGCAGGCUUUCUUGUCUGCAUCUAUACAGGCUGAUGUUUGUGCUUCAAAUGCAAUUAAAUCCGGCAAGCUGACAUCAGAUGAUGCCUUGCGUUCAGCUUUGGCGCUGAUCUGGUCUUCGUUAGACCUCGCGACUCAAGCCCUUCAGCUGUACAGACAGACAAACGGCACAGAACCGACUUUUCAAUGCACUCUUUUCGUAUGGGAUAUCCUUAACCGCCUAGUCGCAACCAUGGAAGAAGCCUCGGGCAGGGAGCUCCUCCGAGCGUUCAUGAGUGAGCUGAACCAGACGGAGAGAAUCUGCGAUGACAUGCGCCGAAGUGUCGUGCCGACAAAGGGACUUGCAUCUUUGAUGAAUAAGAGGCUUCUUGUUGCCAAGGGAGUGAGCAUCAAACUCUACGGCAUUGGACUUGGCUUGGCAAUGCGCCUGGACGAUGUUCGUGGCGCCUGGGAGUGGCUUCAAAAGGGAAAGGCCAGGGCCUUUUCAGACUCCCUCGGACCGGGUUUUCUUAUUCCACCUCGAUUGAUGCAGAAGAUAAAUGUCGACCAAGAGGCCUGUGAUCUCUUGAAUGCCGAACAAAGCGCGCUGGAGGCACUGAGCGAGCCAGGAGCCAACUAUGUCAUAACUGCCCGGCGAUUAGCCUCGGUGAGAAGCAGAAUGGCAGGUAAUCCUCUUUUAGCUGAGAUAUCAAAAAUUCGAGAUGGAAUGCUGAGUCUCGACAUCAACGCCGAUGAUAUCAAGGCUGCACUCUCUUCGACGGACAUAGCCCCGGAUCGGGUUAAUUUUGUCGACUGGAACAUUUCAGCUACCGGCUCUCUUAUCACUUUGUUUGUCAGGAAACUUGAUGGAGAAACCAAGGCAAAACAGCUCUCCGUGUCACUCACCGAGGUCAAAACAUGGCUUUCCAAAGCCUUCGAAUACCCUGAACUAGCGGAUCCGCCUCUGAGCAAGAAGACCGGAAACCGUUUUCUCAACACGAUGAGUGGGCUCCUUGAUGGAUUAUCCGAGAUGACUCAGGAAGACAAUCUCCUGAUACUUUCCCCUUCAGGUCUUCUCAACAGAAUGCCACUGCACGCGCUGUCCGUCGGCGGCAAACCCUUGAUCGAGCGAAACUUGGUCGUGUAUUCGCCCAGCGCCGCGUUGCUCAGCCAAUGUCUGAACCGAUCAAAUUCGGUAUCUGAUUCGCCACCAGUCCGACGUGAUUCCGAGGACGAGGCCUCAUUCUUCGCCGUGUUUGAAGAGCUGUCGCGGGAGGCAGAACGUAGUCGCAUCUUCGAUCACGUCCGAUCUCUAGCGUCGUCAUUUCCAGGGAGCGCUUUACUAGGCUCCGAUGUGACCAGGCCGCGCUUUCUUGAGAGGGUGUCAACAUCAAGAUGGGUUCACUACCACGGACACGCCCGCUACGCCCACGAUGAUGUGCUGAAGGCAUCACUUGUCCUCAGCGACGGCACCGACCUCUUCUCCGGAGAAGUGGAGGCAGACAGGCCUGGCCUCGGGAUGGACGAGCUCUCUGUUCCCGAUCUCUUCAAAGCCCGCCUGCCUCGCACUGGCGGCGGCGUCAACUUCACCGUCAUCGCCUGCGAUUCGGGCACGCAAGACUAUGCCCCAGGCGACGAGCCGAUGGGACUGAUCCCCGCGCUACUCUACGCCGGCGCAACCUCAGUCCUGGGAUGUCAGUGGCCGGUAUUGAGCGCCUCUGGUCGAGCGUUCAGCAAAGCCUUUUAUGAGACUAUAUCGCCCAAAGACGGCAAGAGCGAUGUCAUACAUAUAGCACAAGCCAUGAGAAGCACAAUCUCUGAUAUGAGGACUGGAAAGCUGGGUGAUCAGUAUAAACAGCCAUACCAUUGGGCACCGUUUGCAUUGCACGGGCUAUGGUUCUUUGCCCGCCGAGCCACGUUCGUGAGAAUAUGA